AGUCGCCUUUGGUGUAAAAAGGUGGUAAUAUUAAAGCACGGGGACAGGUCCCGGGGGCAGAAAGAGUUACACUGGGGUUGUGAUGGGUGACUGAUCAUAUACCUUCAGGUUGGGAGGGCGUUAGGGAUAGCAUAAGUCUCUAAGGAGUUUUGGAAGCAGGGUUUCCAGGACCUCAAGAGGCUAACUGUUGUUAGCAAAAGGUCAUUUAUUACUGUUUAGUAAAACCUUGGUCAUGAGACCCUUCAGAUGUUUAUCAGUGGACCAUAAGCUUGGAGUAUGAGUGCCAACACGUAUCUUGUGAUGGUAGAAAUAAAGGAAGUUUUCAAAGGAAUUCUUAUAUGUUAAAGUAGACUUACAGGAUCCUGGGGGGUAGGGUGAAUGUUAAGAUAAGAUUACCUUUGGCUCUUAGCAAAGUGUCAUCAUCCAGGCAGCUGAGCUCCUAGAGGAAUGUCACCCUGCCUAUGGCAAAGGCUGUAGGCAGAAAGGAAAGUUAGUUUUUCAUUUGCCUCUGGUUCCCACAUCCGUCUCAUUAACUCAGUGUGAGCCGGUGAAGACCAAGACACAAAAAACUCACAAUCGGGGUCUCUAAGUUUUGCAAUCUCUAAAAUGAAAACAGUACUCUACCUACCUUCAAGGUGAUCCCAUAAGACCUCAUGUGUAAGAUAAUGAUUUAAACAAAAGACCUACUGUCUUGAGUCAGGGAGAGGAUGGGCCAGUUCUUGCCUUUAGUUUUCAUUGUUCAGACACUUUCCAUUGUUCAGACAUUGUUAAGGCUUGGGCUCUGACAAAGAAUUGUUUGUUUCCUUUCUUUCUGUUACUUUGUGAGGUCCAAAGACUUAAAGCAACUGCUGGAACAGAUGUACUUUUUAAAUGCAAACUAUUUUAGAAAUUGUUCUGUUUAUUCCUUUCCAGAAACAGUCACAAUCCUGGAAAAGGAAAAAACAGCCAAAAGACAGAGCAAUGAGGACAAUCAUUCCUGCUUCGGAUUGGAUUUUAAAUUCGUAUUGUUCAGAAAAUCAAAUGGUUUCAAUUAUUAGUGCUAAUGUAAAAGCUCUCCGCGCCAGAUUACAGUGGAGUAUUCAAAAACCUCCCGCUAGGUGGAGGGCUUUUAUGCAAAUGAGGGAUGCUGAUUAUGCUUUUUCAUUGGUUACUUGAAAAGAGCCAAUGGGAGACUUGUAUUCAGCAUACCUGCCGUUAGUAUAAAUACUUCUCUUGCUCUCAGUCUAGCUGUAUACUGCUCGCGUUUUCUUUUGAAGGCGUUUGGUUGCUUUUCUGCUGGUGAUGUCUGGACGUGGAAAGCAGGGUGGCAAGGCUCGCGCCAAGGCCAAGACCCGUUCGUCGCGGGCCGGGCUGCAGUUCCCGGUGGGCCGCGUCCACCGCCUGCUCCGCAAGGGCAACUACUCCGAAAGGGUCGGGGCCGGUGCGCCGGUGUACCUGGCGGCCGUGCUGGAGUACCUAACAGCUGAGAUUCUGGAGCUGGCGGGCAACGCGGCCCGCGACAACAAGAAGACGCGCAUCAUCCCGCGCCACCUGCAGCUGGCCAUCCGCAACGACGAGGAGCUCAACAAGCUGCUGGGCCGCGUCACCAUCGCGCAGGGCGGCGUCCUGCCCAACAUCCAGGCCGUGCUCCUGCCCAAGAAGACCGAGAGCCACCACAAGGCCAAGGGCAAAUAAGCUGAUGACUUUUUUUUACACAGGCUUUUUUCCUGAU